UCUAAAUUAAUUAGUCCUUUCAUUAAAAACAGGAGAAGGCCAUGAAUCGAUCGAUUCUAAAACUAUAUGGGGUUUUAUGUCAUUUGUCCAAUAAAACAGCAGAAACCAGAAGUAAAAAUCAGUAGGACAACUAUGUACUGGGAAAUCUCAUUGCUAGCUCCUGCAGUACCAGCCACAUAAACUCCUAGCCCUUACAGUAAGUCACCAGUUCAGAAAUGGGCAGCUCUAGAGUAAAUUGCAUAUAUGCAAAUACGGAGAUGAGAAACAAUUUUCAAACCAAUUAGAAAUCAUUGCUGACUGUAAGCCAGACAGACAUGUAAGCAGAUAACCAGGUAUCAGGUUGCUGCAGAAGGAUCUUCAGUGGAGAGGUCAGUCUUCCGAAAGGCUUCACACAAGAUACCCACUAUGCCGAACAUCUUGAUCCUCCCAGCGCUGCUUGUUUUGCUUAUGCCUCCUCUCAGACAAGCCCAAGAGGAUCUAAUUGGGGACAAAUCUGAGGAAUCUGGUGCCUUUGAAUCUGGGCAAGCAAGUGAGGAGUUUAGUGGAGAAGCAAGUGGGGAACCUAGUGGACAAGUCAGUGGAGAGUUAGGCUGGGAGCCCAGUGGGCAACCUAUGGGUCAAUCUAGCCUCCCUGAAGAAAGCAGUGGAAGUGGAUCUGACCCCUCAUAUGAAAUAGAUUGAAGUGGAUGAAACGUCCCCCCCGACUCCCUUCACAUCAUCAGCUGCAUUGAAGGAAAAUUCAAGCCUCAAAAUGAGAAACACAACUUCACCCUUGAGAAAUGAGUGUGUAGAGAAAGAGUGCUGAUGAGUUUGUUACAUUUCUAAUAUUUGUGAUUAUUCUUUUAAUAAAGUAUUUAGGGUGCAUUAUAUUCUAAAAAGUGAUUGUAAAAUGGUGACUUUUCAUUCAGUAGCUCUGCUGUGUGCAUGUAUCAAACUCAGAGUGACUGACUUUAAUGAUUAAAAUAUGGUUUUCAUGUGUGUUCAUCCUGAAGAGCCAUCACAUUUCAGAAGCUGGAAUCUAUGCCUUCUUCUGCAUCAUCCACAGAAUUAUUGACUGAAGUCUGGUUACACCUGUGCAAAGCCAUUGAUGGGAAUGGGACUGCACAAGUGUUACUGAGGGCAGAAUUUGUCCUGGAGUGCUUUUAUUAUUGAUGGAGAUGUAUGGGAAAAAAAGAAUCCUGCUUGAUUCUUGAAGCUCAGGCUGAGUUUGCAGAGUCAGCAGCUUGAAAAAAUACUAAAAUUCAAAUUAGUCCAAUUUCAAUGUAAAUUAUCUAUUUCUUUUUCUCUUCUUCUACAAUGUUUGAUAAUGGCAAC